AAAGGAUUUUAAGUGCGCCUUAUAGUCCAAAAAACAUGAAACAAUACGGUAUAUUAAGUUUUAGCAUUGCAUUUACAACAUGCUGGUCUAAUCAAGGAUUUUAACAUGGCUUAUUAUUUUUAUUCAUUUAUGAUUAUCUCUAGCAUGGUGCUUUGUAUUAUUUGUAUUUUAUCACUGUGGCUCACACAGUGUGCUGGCUAACUGAAAUAUCCUCCUGUGAUUGUAGGAAGAUCAGACAAUGGCAGCAGCACUCUUCUGUAUCCAGCAGUGUGUCCAUGCAGAGUGAGCAGUCCAAGGGUCCACAUGUUGACUUUAAACAUGAACAGAGGCCUGAUGAUCCGGGGUAGGAGCUGAAAGUGUGCAGAUGUAUCUGAGAAAGUACCUUAAAUUUUUUUUAAGAUUGGUGCAGCCAUUACAGCAGGAGGAUUAAUAUACUUGUACUAACUAAUACUAAUCUAGUUCAUAAAGCAUGUUAUCUAACUGAAAUAUGUUCCUGUUUGCAUCAGCAUUAUCUUUCUAUUAGUCUAAAAUCGAACGCAUUGCUAAUAAAGAGCUAUGAUGUAGAUUUUUAUUCUCACAGCUCUUUAGCAAAAGUAAAACUGCUCUCAACAAAAUACAGCCGGCUUUAUGUGGGAUACUUUUCACUAUCUAUCAGACAAACAGUGAGGGGGUGGAAGGUUGGAGGAGUUAUUUACGUUUUUACUGGACUGCACAGAGUCCUGUAAAAGCUUUAUUUUGAACCUGUUAUCCUUAAGCAACUCACAUGAUAACUAAAAUAAACAUAAAUAUUUUAUGUGUCUCUCUAGAGUUCAGCAUGCCCAGCAGAAUCAAAAAGACCUCGACUCCAUCUUCACUGUGUGUAAAUGUGCAUCCACUGCACUUAUUGUCAUCAGUGAUAGGUAUUCUGGUUGGAACAACCUUCAGGCUACAUGCAUUAAUAUUUCUGUUCCAGAAACUCGAGAAGAGCAUCAUCAGUUUUGUGAAGGAUGAGCUGAAAAAAUUUCAGAGGAUUCUGAGCCCAGAUGACUCAGUCGGAUUGGAGAGUGAGAGAGAGGAUGGUGAAGAUGUGGAGGAGAGGAGGAGCAGCAGAGAAUCAUUUCUGAAAAUCACACUUUACUUCUUGAGAAGAAUGAAAGAAAAGGAGCUGGCCGACCAUCUCCAGAGCAGAACUCAUAAUACUGUGUGUCAAUUUAAGCUGAAGUCUAGCCUAAAGACGAAAUUCGAGUGUGUGUUUGAGGGGAUCGCUAAAGCAGGAAACCCAACCCUUCUGAAUCAGAUCUACACAGAGCUCUACGUCACAGAGGGAGGGACUGCAGAGGUCAGUGAUGAACAUGAGGUCAGACAGAUUGAAACAGCAUCCAGGAAACCAGACAGACCAGAAGCAACAAUCAGACAAGAAGACAUCUUUAAAGCCUCACCUGUUAAAGACAAGCAAAUCAGAACAGUGCUGACAAAGGGAGUGGCUGGCAUUGGGAAAACAGUCCUAACACAGAAGUUCACUCUGGACUGGGCUGAAGACAAAGCCAACCAGGACAUCCAAUUCAUGUUUCCAUUCACUUUCAGAGAGCUGAAUGUGCUGAAAGAGGAAAAGUUCAGCUUGGUGGAACUUGUUCAUCACUUCUUUACUGAAACCAAAGAAGCAGGAAUCUGCAGCUUUGAAGACUUCCAGGUUGUGUUCAUCUUUGAUGGUCUGGAUGAGUGUCGACUUCCUCUGGACUUCCACAAAACUAAAAUCAUCACUGACCCUAGAAAGUCCACCUCAGUGGAUGUGCUACUGACAAAUCUCAUCAGGGGAAAGCUGCUUCCUUCUGCUCGCCUCUGGAUAACCACAAGACCAGCAGCAGCCAAUCAGAUUCUUUCCCAGUGUGUUCACAGGGUGACAGAGGUAAGAGGGUUCACUGACCCACAGAAGGAAGAGUACUUCAGAAAGAGAUUCAAAGAAAGGGAGCAGGCCAACAGGAUUAUCUCCCACAUCAAGAAAUCACGAAGCCUCCACAUCAUGUGCCACAUCCCAGUCUUCUGCUGGAUCACUGCUACAGUUCUGGAAGAUGUGCUGAAAACUAGAGAGGGGGGACAGCUGCCCAAGACCCUGACUGAGAUGUACAUUCACUUCCUGGUGGUUCAGGCCAAAAUGAAGAAGGUCAAGUAUGACGAGGGAGCUGAAACAGAUCAGCACUGGAGUCCAGAGAGCAGGAAGAUGAUCGAGUGUCUGGGAGAACUGGCUUUUGAUCAGCUGCAGAAAGGAAACCUGAUCUUCUAUGAAUCAGACCUGACAGAGUGUGGCAUUGAUAUCAGGGCAGCCUCAGUGUACUCAGGAGUGUUCACACAGAUCUUUAAAGAGGAGAGAGGACUGUACCAGGACAAGGUGUUCUGCUUUAUCCAUCUGAGUGUUCAGGAGUUUCUGGCUGCUCUUCAUGUCCAUCUUACAUUCAGCAACUCUGGGGUCAACAUGCUGGAAGAUCAAAUGGCUUCUAAGAAGCCUAAGGUCUUUAAAAACAAAUCUAGUCUAAAACUCCUUCAUCAGAUUGCUGUGGACAAGGCCUUACAGAGUCCAAAUGGACACCUGGACUUGUUCCUCCGCUUCCUCCUUGGGCUAUCACUGCUGAACAGUCAGAAUCUCUUAAGAGGACUCCAGAAAACAGUAGGUUCAGAGUGCAAUCAGAAAACAGCCAAGUAUAUAAAGAAAAAGAUCAGCGAUAAUGAGGCUACUGAGCAAAACAUCAAUCUGUUCCACUGUCUGAAUGAACUGAAUGAUUGUUCUCUAGUGGAGGAGAUUCAACAGUUCCUGAGUUCAGGAAGUCUCUCUACAGAUAAACUGUCUUCUGCUCAGUGGUCAGCUCUGGUCUUCAUCUUACUGUCAUCAGAUAAAGAUCUGGACAUAUUUGACUUGAAGAAAUACUCUGCUUCAGAAGAAGCUCUUCUAAGGCUACUCCCAGUGGUCAAAGCCUCCAACAGAGCUCUGCUAGGUGGUUGUCACCUGUCAGGGGGAAGCUGGAAAGAUCUUUCCUCAAUUCUCCAAUUUUCUAGUCUGAAAGAGCUGGACCUGAGUAACAAUGACCUGCAGGAUUCAGGAAUGCUACAGCUAUCUGUGGGACUGAAGAGUGCACACUGUAAACUGGAAAUUCUCAGGAUGGCUGUGUGCAAACUGUCGUGGAGAAGCAGUGAAGCCCUGUCCACAGUUCUCUGCUCUGAGUCCUGUAGCCUGAGAGAGCUGGAUCUGAGUAACAAUGACUUGCAGGAUUCUGGCGUAAGAGGGUUGUUAGCUGGACUGGAGAGCCCACACUGUAAACUUGAAACUCUUAGCCUCUCAGGUUGUCUAAUCAGAUAUGACGGCUGUGCUUCUCUGGCUGCAGCUCUGGGAUCUAACCCCUCCCAUCUUAGAAAGCUAGACCUAAGCUACAAUCAUCCAGGAGAUUCAGGAGUGGGACUGCUGUCCACUGGACUGAAAAAUCCACUCUGGAAAUUGGACAUUCUGAAGGUGGAAAACUGUGGAGAGCAAAGGUUAAAACCCGGUCUGAGAAAAUAUGCCUGUGAACUUACACUGGACAGAAACACAGCACACAGAAAGCUGAAACUUUCUGAAAAUGACAGAAAAGUAAUGCUGGUAGGAGAGAAGGAGCAGACUUAUCCCAAUCACCCAGACAGAUUUGACCGUAGGGAGCAGCUGUUGUGCAGUAAUCGCCUGACUGGUCGCUGUUACUGGGAGGUGGAGUGGAGAGGAGAAGUUGACAUAGCCGUAAGUUACAGAGGAAUAAAACGGAAAGGAAACAGUGAAGACUGCAAGUUUGGAAUGAAUGAUCAGUCGUGGUGUCUGCGAUGCUCUGAUGGUGGCUUUUCCGUCUGCCAUGAUAACAAAAUCAGAUCAGUCCCUCCCUCUUCGGUCUCUAACAGAGUAGCAGUGUAUGUGGAUUAUCCUGCUGGCACUCUGUCCUUCUACAGAGCCUCCUCUGACAAACUGAUCCAAAUCCACACCUUUGAAACCACAUUCACUGAACCUCUGUAUGCUGGGUUUGGUUUUGUGUUUGGGUUGGGCGUCGAGUCUUUGAUGCUGUCAAUUGACUCCUCUGUGUCCCUGUGUUCAGUAUAGGACAAAUAAUUGCAUACAUCAGUCUGUAUCUGAGAAAUAUCCACAAUGAAAAUAUGAUAUGGGAUUUCAGAACAAGUUCUAGCAAGAUUUCUGGAUAAGCAAACAACACAUUACAUUUCCUUUCUGCUGUAAUAUACAGUAAGAGAUGUGAUUUGAAAGUUUUUAUAUAUUGCUAGUUUGGCUCUGAGGAUUACUGCUCUUUUUGGCCAACUGCCUUCUAGAAUGCAGUAAAACAUACUACAUGGAUUAUCAAACUUAAAUGGCAGUUUUUCAACUCCUAACUUAAAGUAUAGAAUAUGGCAAAUGAUUCUAAAGAACAUAAUAAUCUGCUUCCAUACAUCCAUUGUUUGUCCUACUAGGAUUAGAAUAAGAUUGCAUUUUUGCCAUGUUUUCAGUACUAGAAAAUAUUACCUUUCAAAUAAAGUCUCUUAAAUGCAUGUAUAGUUCUUCCUUUAUCAGAUCUUAUUAGGGUGUAGGUCAAAAUUACAUUAAAAAAAAGGGUAGAUGUGAACCAAACUCUUCCCCUACCCUUAAAUCCUAAAACCAGUCAAUGGCAACUGCAUACAUGUAAAGACAAUGCAUUUCCUUACGUUCAUCAAGUUCAUUUUCUUAGUAGUCCUUACCCUUGAAAAUAUUUCUUCUUCUGUCAAAGGUUAUUAUCCAUUUAAACUUGGCUACAAAUGAACACAGGUUGCAAAGUUGCAUUUGAAAGUGCAUACCACUUCAGGACAAAGAAAAAGAAAAAAGAAAGCUUCCCCAUAUUUUCACUGUUCUGUUCUUCAGUCACCAACAUCAUUUUCAUUUUCUGCAAUCUUUUACUCAGAAUUUUUUUAAAAGAAAGUUUUUAUUAUUUCUGCUUUAAUUUGCCAAGAUGUCAACAUGGCAACAUGUACAAUAAAUGACCAUAUAACCUGACUUGUGAGAUGUCAUGUAUUAAUGUUUUUCACUGAUCACCGAUCAGCAGUGAUCAGUGAGAUGCUUGACUACAAGAUAAACAGCCACAAGGAGCAGUACCUUCCAUGGCGAAGGAGACUAGAGGCCAAGGUCAAAGUAG